GACCACAAGUGUAUUGCUGGUUGUCUAAAAUCUGCCAUCGUGUUGGAUGAUCCAUCGUCGGGAUAUCGUUCUGAGUCCCCUUUUGACUACAAGGGUUUGAAUCCUCUCGAAAUACCUCUGCGUGCCGGAUGGCUUCGGGUUUACAUAAAAGCCACUCCGGAGGCAGAGGGACGCGAUGUCAUUGCCUACGUAGCACCCUGUGGUCGGCAUAUACGCAGUUUCUCCGAACUGGACCACUUCUUGCACCAGACUGGCAGCCAACUGACCUCCGAUCUCUUCUGCUUUGAUAAAGAAAUCAAAAUCAAUGGAGAGUUUCGUUGUGAAAAGGCCUUCAUCAGGAUUGCGGACCUGUCGUAUGGGAAAGAGAAUGUCCCCGUGCCGUGCGUAAACAGUGUAGACAACGAGUCUCCGUGUUUUAUUGACUACAUCCCCAAUCGUAAACCGGUUGGCAAUGUGGAAAUUAAUGAGGACCCCGAUUUCCUUGUCUGCUGCGAUUGCACGGACAAUUGUCGG